GGACGCAGCCUCGGGUGCAGUCGUCACUCGCGUCUGGCUACCAGCUCCCCGCUGCCCUGCGCUCGGCGGGCUGGCAUCGGGCCCGGGCAGAGCGGAGCAGGUCUGAGGCGCUGAGUGUCGGUCGCGGCGGCGAGAAUCGGGAGGAGGAGGAGACCGCAAGGAUAGGCCCAGGAGCUAUGGAGUCCAAAGAAGAGCAAACAUUCACCAACAUGGAGAAUGCUCAGAAGGAAAAGGAAGAAAAGCGGCAAAUUACUAAUAAAGAGGAGCCCGUGGCCCUCCCUUUGGAAGCUGGAGAAUACUUGGUGCCUAGAGGAAACCGUAGACGGUUCCGCACUAGGCAGCCCAUUGUGCAUUACAGAUGGGAUAUGAUGCAUAGGCUUGGAGAGCCACAGGCCAGGGUGAGAGAAGACAAUAUGGAAAGGUUUGGGGAGGAGUUGAGACAGCUGAUGCAGAAGCUGCAGGAAAAGCAGUUGAGUCACAGUUUGCGGGCUGUCAGUACUGACCCCCCUCACCAUGACCACCAUGAUGAGUUCUGCCUUAUGCCCUGAAUCCUGAUGCUUUCCCUCAAGUUCACAGAGAGCCCCUGAUUCCCAAGUUUACACGUUUGUGAUGUACUGUUGGUGUAAACCUUUUGAUGUCACCCAUUCUCUUUGGUCUCCUCUUAUCAGCUUCUAAUUGAAUGUUGUAUUUUUGAUCCAGUCAGUAAGACUUUCGUUUGCAGAAGGAUUUUGCCUAUUGCAUGGAAAGAUGUUCAUUAUAUAUUGUGAAAUUAAUA